AUGAGCACCGCGGUGGAACAACGGUGGCGGGAUGUUUUGCGGCAGAGUCACGAGGAGGCGAAGGAGACACCUGAUUGGCUGGAGCGUAGGGCGGAAGUGCGUCUGCUGUCCCGGCUGUGGAGAAAACAAAACAAGACAAGCUGCGACUGGUAAGCGCUCAAACACAAUGAACCGUCUGCUUGUAGUGACCUAACAUUUAUAAUAGUUUCAGGAGGAACAUUUGUACGACAGUAUCGCUGUGUAAAAACGCUGCUACACUGUGUGUGUUGUCGGGUUGUUAGUAGCAGAAAGAUGUGUGGUUCAUGCUGUUCUUGUGCUGAGCUCACGUGUAGGCUGUUAUGUAACAGCCUGCAGACAGAUCAGCCUGCCUCUGCUGUUGUACUCCUGCGGUGAUCUGCUGCAGCUACUUAGCAACAUUUUUAGCUGGUUAUGAAGAAGCUUACAGUGUAGAUGAACAAAAAACACUUUUGUGUUAGGACAAGAUGUGCUGGGUAGUAUCUCAUUCCCCUAACACGUUUUUCAGACAGUGCUGCUGAGUCAAGAAAUCACACCCACAGCUGGAGGUUAUGAUAUUGAUAUAAACCUGAGUAAAAGAUGGAUAAAUCUGCAGCAGACUAGUUCAAGACUCUUGGCACAGAAUCAGGCUCACUCUGUUGUUUUUAUGUCUUUGCUUUCCAGCACCAUGAUGGAUGAGCUUGUGCAGGACCUUGUGUCUGCUUUGGAGCAGCCCUCAGAUCAGAGGAAGCUUUGGGAGGAAAUGGUCCUGAGUCCACUACAGCGGCGCCGACAGAUCCGCCGUCGCAGAGGCCGCAAACGCUGCCGUGACUCUUUCUAUCCACUGGAGCACAGGCAAUGCUGGAUUGAGGCCUCAGAGUCCAGUCUGGAUGAGGCCAGAGCAUACAGGGACAACUCCUCAGCAACCAUUGCCGCUUCAGUGGCAAACUGCAGUGACUCUGAUGACAUGACCUCGACUGGCCGAUGGCAUCCAUUCUUGGGAGGCCCGAUCAGGACUAGACAGCCCUCCUGGCCGGAGUCUGAUUCAUUCACAGAGAAUAACCAAGGAAGGCAGCUUAGGAGGCGCAGAAAAGUAAAGCGUAUGACCUCAGAUAUCACAGUUACAUUACAGCAGAAGCUGAGGGUUUCAAGUGUAGAUAGGAGGCGGAGACAUCGUCAGUCCAGAACAGGACUGAAGAAGAGAUCUGGAGGUUGGGUCGGAGUGGAUCACCGGUCCAAAAGUGCCAGACGGAUGGGGAAUGAGUGCUUGAAGAGGAGGAAGACCAAGGAACACCGAGACGCUGCAGACGAGAACAUGUCUGAGGGGUAAUGUGGAAGAAAAUUUGUGUUUUUUUAAAUGAAUCAAAAACAACCUCUUUAUUCAUUAUAAUAAACAUCAAGGCCUUCUGGGUAAAUCCAGUCUACAAGAGGCACCGUUAAAGGUUUUUAGAUAGAUCCCUUGUUUGUAAAACAUAAGCAGUUCCUGUUUUCAAAUGUGAAAACUUGAUUUAUAGGAUUUUAGCGACCAAAUGUCAAGCCUGUAAUUGUUUGAAGAGUCAGGAUUAAAACCAUGCUGGAAAAGGAGCUCAAAACUCUAAAAGCCCUUUUUACCCUUUAAAUGGAAAGUUACCAAGGCAGUUAAACCCAUAACAUAAAAGUCAUGGGCAUAACUACUAUCAGACAGAAGCAAUUAAACAAGGCGACAUUUAAGAUGAUCUAUACUGCCUGUCUUCACAGAGCCACUUGUCAAUAUUCAGCCCAUCCUCAGCGAAACUGAAAAAAAAAGAAAGUAUCACAAUCAUGCCAGUCCACUUUAAAGUAUUGAGUUGACAUUAAAAAUGAAUGAUAGAGUCUCUUCAUCUUCAUCUCCCAUAGUUGAAAUGAUCACCAGGGAGGGAUCUUUGAUUGUUAUGCUUCUGGGCAUGUGCCAGCUCAUUAUUUCCUUUCACGAAAUAUUGUCACAAAUAAAUAAGUGACUUGGUGCGCUAUUGAUUUGUUUUGAAAUGAAUUCCUGUCCUGGGCUGGGUAAUUAAAGUUAGGUCUGUCCCAGAGUCCCACAGUGCACCCUCUGUGUGCAUUUUAUUUAGUAAAACUAAAUGUGGCUUCAGCUGAUGGCAGGGAGGGAGACUGCGUGAUUACAGUAGGACACCAUGUACAAUUUACUGUGGAAUCACAAAAUAGUUGCUAAUUAUGAGUUGUAACCAUAUUCUUCUGAUGUCAAGAUCUGCCUCUUUUAAUUUGUUUGAUCAAUGCAGUGAUAGUGGUCUUAAUUAAAGGUAGUGUGUUGUAUUCAGUGACAAACUGAGUAGAAGUGGACUAUUAUAUUUGUAAUUAUGUUAAAGAUUGUGCAUUUUUACCUAGGUGUAAUGACAACUUAAAAACAGUUAAGAAAUAGAAAUAAGUGAGCAUUUAAAGAAAUGAAAACAAACUGUAACUUGCAUCUGCAAAUUCUUAAGCAUCUUAUCAUUUCCCCCAAAAAAUAACAAGGGAAGUUACUGGAUUUAGUUUAUAUUUUUAAAUGGCUCCCAUGGUCUGUAGCUGAAAUAGUCUGACAAACACACAGCAUUGCUUUUCAGGGCAAGAGUUUGUGAGAACAAAAUGCAUUAACGGUCUUAAAAGCCUGGAAGUCCCAUUCCCACAGUUUGCUGUGCUGCAGCCCAAUGUAUUUCCUUUGAGAAGAAGACAUUUGAGGUAACUGGUAAUGGGGCAGACAGAGGGCUUUACAUCUUCUGGUUUAAUUUGUGCUGACCUCUCCAGCCCCUAAACGGUACUUGUUUUCUUACUUUAUGGAAAAAUCAAUAGCUGUUCUGACAGAAAACAGCUCCGGAGAAGAAAUAAAUGGGAACACCAUGGCCCACUGUCAAUCAUUUCUCACUUACACCACGCCAACACUCUUGAUUGCUGCUCAGUAGACUGCCACAGUUAACCGAGGGCUGAACAGUCUAAUGGUUAGAGUGUGUCAGAGGCAGAGGAUAAAAAGGAAAAGGAAAUGGCAGCAGUGAUGAGGGGCUGACAGUGGUACAACAGAAGUAUUUAUACUUAGACAGUGUACGGUCCAUUUGAUCUCAGACACAGAUGCCACUGGUGAAAUUUCUUUGAAGUAAUUUGGUCAUUAAUUUUUCUAUAUGGGGUGUUUGGUCUCCUAAAACAAGCUUCUCCUCAAGGUCACUCCUCUCACUGAGCCCGGCUUUGCCUUCAGUCACCCAAGUGCAAAAGGAGCAGAUGUUGGCAGCUCCAGUUGGGCUCCACAUCCUUCAUUAGACCUGGCCCAGCCUGCUGGCACUAGGGCCACCUGGCACCCAGGCUGGCCCAGCAAGCAGGCCUCACCUGUGGGUAGACGCUGUCCCCGGCUCAGCCUCUGUCUCCAGCUGUGCGCUGCUACUGGUGUCUCCAACCCUGCCACCAGAAAAAAAAACAAAGACACUGUGCAUGCUUUUCUCACACUCAUCUUCCUCUCGCUGUAAUGUAUAUUUUGAAAACUCUACGAAGAGUUUUCGGGGAAGCACCGGGUUUGCUGAAGUUAAUUUUCAUAAAUCUCUGAGACUAAUCCAAUUACCGCAGCUCAGGGAUGGUGGGAUAACCUUAUAAUCAGACGCCCAUGGAAGAGGGCAUGGAUUUGGGUUGGGGCGGCUUGUUUGAAGAGCCCACAGAUCCAUUGUUAUCAGCGCUUUGCCCCCCUCUGUCUCUGCCUCCUCUUUAUUCCUCUGCAGAAUGAGCCCCAGCUCAAUAAAUGGCGGCUAGGCUGUAAUCUCUGUGCAAACUGGUAUGCCUCUCCCAGGAGCUGAGGAUUAUAUCCUAAUGAUUAGUGCUCAUCUGGAUACUGUGUUUUGCUUCACCUCUUCGGCUUGUAGAGAGACAAUAGAGCCAUGUGGGGUUCAGCUCUAAAAUGCCGGAAUGCGGUUUUUGUUUUUGCCCUUGGCUUUGUUUCACCAUGGACAUAUGGUUCUUUAUCUAAUUAAGACUCUUUUUUUUCUGUGUGCUAAUACACAAUAGAACAUCCUCUUUUUGACAGAGGGAGAGUUUUACUUCCAGUCUGAGUCAAAGAACAAGUUUGCCCAAAAUGUUUGUCAACUUUUCUUACCAAAGGUCACUGCUGAAGAAAGCAGAGGUGUUUCUUUUGGUCUUAAGAAAAAUGGUGGUCUCAAUAAUUCAUGGCAUUAAUUAGGCAGUACUUAAUGGAAACGGUCUCACAUCGGCCCUGUGCUGCUCCAAGCGACAUCACAUUACACCUUUACUACGGAUAAAUUCUUAAUAGGUGUCUCUAAUUAAUUGUUAAUACCUGUGAUUCUUUUUCAAACUUGGCAGAAAGAAGCAAACAUAUUUUUAAACUUAGAAAAUGAAGACAACGCCACGCAGCAGGAGAACCGUCACAGUUUGCACAUUUAUCGGAGGGGUUGGUGAAUGAAGCAUGGAGACAGAGUGGUAGCUGUUGUAGAGCUUGUUGCUGUGUCCUCUAUUGAUGUGGCCAGCCCAUGUGUCCAGAGGUGGUGUCCAGCUGAGCACAAGCCUGGGGAGUCAGUCUGGAGUGAAAGCUGAAGGGGUGGGACCGCUUGGCUUCACCAGACAUCCUCCAGAUUCCCCGGAGAGGCCGGCUCCCUCUCACAUCUGCUUCUUACGAAUGUGAGAGGGAGAUGAUUUAGGACCAUCUGGCCAGGAAGACGUGCAGGCUGGACGGACAUCUUUCUGAUCCUGCCGUCAUUUGCAGGCCUCUGCAAUAUGGCAAAGCCCCGUAUCAGCGCAUAUCUGACCCUCCAGAUUUCUCCUGUUAGCAAGGUCAGCGCUGAUCAACAGGAAGCAAAAUGCAAAGCAAUCAGGAGCAUCAGACUCCCUCUCCCUUUCAUAUUAUAAUAAUAAUGAUAAUCAUUCUGCAAUCAAUUUAGAGACAGAUCAAAACAAAUCAUUUUACAGUUUACUCAAUUAUGUGAGGAUAGGUUUAUAAAAAGAAAUAAUUAGAUAAAAUAUUGAAUUAAAGAAAUCACCACUUUUAUGCCACAUACAAAUAUUUCUGCAAAUAUUAAGCUAACAAAAUUCAAAGAGUAAAAUACAGUUAAAUAGAAGGAAUUUAUUUCAGCAGAGUAACAUACAGUGUACAGGUAAGUCUCAGAAUUAACCAAUGAAGGACCCCAAUGAGGACUAAGUGACCAUAAGCAGUUAUAACUCAGUUUUUUAGAUACAAUAUUGCCAAAUACUGUUCUGCAAUGUAGGAUGCAAUCUGACAUCUGUGCUUGUUUAUGUUCUGUUUGUAGCAUUACUGCAUAUAACUGGAGCUUCAGCUCUGGGAAGUAAUUGCACUACAUCUAGCUUAGAAAUAUAAAAAAAAAAUUGUCCAAACAAUAAAAAUGUUUGAAGAUAUUUACUGAACAGCUCGUAGGCAGUGACAGCAGUGAGGUUUAAGUCCACAUAGAGGAAACCUGUUUUUUGCAGCCUUUAUCACCUGCACCCCCUUUCCUGACCUCCUCCUUCUCUUCCUUCAAAUAACCUUGCAGUGUCUGGAGGUCCUGGUUCAAGGUGGCUGAGGUGUGAGAAAUGCAGAGAAACCCCGGGUGGUCUGGGGUAGCAGAGGGGGCACAGAGGGUGAGGAGGCAGUGUGACAGGGGGGUUGCCUGGGGGUUGCCAGGGGAAGGAACAGUCACAGGCAGGAAGCAGCGGCAGCCCACACAGCAGAUGUUGGCCAGUUGUGUGGAAGCGGCACGUCUGUGGGUCACUCUGUGUGUGUGGGGCACACCCAGAGGGAGGGGUGUGGGGGUGGGGGUGGGGGUGUGUUUCGCUCUCCUGUCAUCCUCCACGAUGCAGGCCAGAUUAGAUUGGAGCUGACAGCGGAGGAUAUUCAAUUAGAUUGUGCAUGUCACUCAGUGGCUUCGAUCAGAGCCUCUUCUCAUGCCUUUGUGUUUGCCAUCGUGACAAGGGAGAACACGGCAUGCUCUGUCUUUUUGUGUCAUUUCCAUUUAUGUCGACCUCUAGCUCCAGACUUCUUCAUUAUUUUGAUUAUUGAAUGCUACAUGUUAAAUAUUGACAUCAGAGGGCCAUGUAAAUCUCCGAUUCUCAUUGUUUAAUUUCCAGAUGCUAUAACAUUGACUGACCUAAAGAUCCCGUCAGGUUUGAGAUGACAAAACCCAAGCAGAUAUCAGAUAUCAUUCAGAUAGCAGAAACAGGUCAGUGAUUUCAGUGAUGUGAUGUCUUUCUUCUUCUCUUUUUGCAGAGAAACCAGCAGCACAUGCAGCAGUGACCCCGGCCUGUUCACCAAUGAUGAAGGAAGACAAGGUAUCAAAGCUAUAGAGAAAACUAUGAAGUGCAACAUCAUCUCAGAGCCUUUAAAUGAAAUCCUGAUCUCCUCUGAUCAAUGAGAGAAGGCAGACGAGUUGUCAGAAGACACCCUGAAACUGUGAAGAAAUGCUGGGGCUACAGAGGGAGGUUUUGAUACAAUGGGCCGGUUGCUGGGCACCCAGGCGACUCUAAUAAGACGUUGUCAUGUCGUGUUAAUGAGCGCUGAAGCCUUUGCUAAUCUCAUUAGCCGUGGUGGGGCCAGGCAGCCUCUGAUUUAACAGUUGUCACUACACCUUGACUGUGAGAGGCAUGGUUCCUGCAUGUUCUCCGCUGACUGACAGGUCUGAGAGAAGCUGGUUGUCUGGGGACAGGAUGGGUGUUGUCUGGUUCUCUGGUCUGGUGUGAAGUCAGAGGAGCAGUUUGUGGCGUACACAUAUGCAGCGUCAUUGGAAUUUUUGAGCCCACAAAACAAACAGACGACUCAAGCUGGAUAUUUUGGCCUGAAGUAAUGUCAGCUGACAGCAUAGUAUUUUUACUCUGUUUCAUUUUUUAAAACUGUACAAAUCCAGGCAAAAUAAUGUGUGUUUUGAGGUAGUUCUUACAUGUUUCAAAAAAGACAUUUGGACAAAUAUUUUGAUAGUGUACUGAAACCAAAAGUGAGGCUUGUUAAAGAGAAAUAUGCCACAAACAGGAUGUAGUGGUGUUAUGUUAACAGAUGCAUAAUUUUCCACGUCACAGGCGAUGACGAGCAGAGUGACUGGUUCUUCGAGGGAGACUGUGGAGUCGGGACGGGUGUGGCCGGCCUGCUGCCCAACUGGGACUCAGACAACCAGCUCUCCCUCGAGGAUUCACGCCCUUCGCCCACCUUCCUGCAGCCUGCACGGCCCUCGCACAGAGGUACAGAACGAGCAGUAUCUGUCAUGGAGACACUUGAGCUUGUUCUUAUCCUAUCAAUAAAACUACUGUCCUUUGAUAGAUGCUUGUCCAGAAACUUUUUUGCAAACAUUGAUUAUCUUCUGUGACUAUCAUGCAGUGGCUGGGAAUCAGUAUCAUUCACGCCUGAAACGAGUGCCUGGCUCUGCUGCCUGCUGCAUCAGGAGCGAUAGAAGAAGGUUUCCCAGCAAGGUUAAAGCAAACAGACAUCCUCCCUCUCUGUAAAAAACUGUAAUACAUGCUUUACAGUGUUUGUUUCUGACUGUGUGUGUUUGGUUUCUGCUUUAUAGGGAAACAGCGUGCCAAUAUUUAAGAGACUCAGACCAUUUCCUGAAGAUACUUACCGUAGAGAGUAAGUAAUAGUGGCUGAAAAGCUUUAAAAAUACAGCACAUUAAGUUGAAACUCUUGUUUUCUAAACCUCUUGAACUUUGAUUUCUCCUCUCAGCUUUUGGCUGCCUUCUGUUGGAAAACGAGACAGAAGCCAGGUAUGUGUGAGCUUCAUACUCAUUUGUUUUAAUCUGAAAAAAAAAAACAUCCGGAAUAUUCAAUGUUCCUAAUACUUUUAAUUUCCACUUGAUCCCUUUGUGUCCUAUUGACAUGGUGUCAGAGAGCUCUGAUCUCACAUGUCCCCCCUCAGUCUGCAGAAACAGAUAGUUAGCCAAACAAAAGCACCUCUCAAGGGCCUAUUGGAGGAACCAUUGAGUCUCUUGAUCAAAGCUCAAUAUAUUGAUGGACCAGUCUAUGGGCGUCAUAUUGAAAUGAAUCAGAACACAGGUUGUUGUUAAGUAGAGUAAUUUCUAUUGGCGGUGUGUUUGUGCGUGGGAGGAUACACAUGGAAGGGGAAGAUGCACACAUCAAAUAUGAGAGACUGACUUGAAUUUAAAGCCACGUUUUAAUGAAGUAGAAUAUUCAUGUUGCAAAUACGCAGAACAGAUUGGUGUCUACAUCCAUUUUCACACUUUCCUCCUCUGCAAGGUAACAUUACAUAGGUGGUCAAGGUGCAAAAAUGUAAAUCUUUGGUGUAUUUCUCCCAGAUAAUAUGUGUAUAAGAGUAAAAUAUCCACUUAAACCCAGAUCUUAGUUUGUUAAAGAGGGUUUCAAGUUUCCUAAACAAAAGAAAUCUGUUGAUGUCAGUCAAGGCCCAAAGUUUGAGCUUGUAUGAAAAUGAGAGCGAGCUGCAUUUAUUUGCGGUAAUUGAAUAGUUUUCAAGGUCGCUGUUCCCAAACAGAGAAACUCUAUGUGGACAGAGUUGUAAUGCAGAUUUAAAUCCCUGCAUUUCUGGGACUGCACAAAAACACUGAAAAAAGGUUUAUCCAGAAGAUGUUUGUCAAAGCAUCACAUGGCUCCCAGUCAUCCCUGGAUUUGUUGGAUCUGCAUGGGGGGACUGUUGAGAAGCCGCCUAGCCCCCUCGGCCUCGAGACCGUGGGACUCCUCAUUGUAUUGUUUCCACUCUGCCUAUUUAUGGCGCAUUCUUAAUUUUGUUUCACACACACUCCUUUUCCCGCCUCUCUCUUGGGUUAUUUCACAGAGAGCUCCAGCGCUCCUUGAUGAGGGGCAAAAACACGACUGCUAUGAAAAGCCCCCGACUUCUUAGGGCUUUCUUUUCUAAACUGGCCCCUUUCUUCUCCACCUGAAAGGUUCCUUCAGAUUCCAGUUUGAGGCAUUGUGAAUACUAAUUUCUGUCUAUUAAAAAGCCCUCAUAUCCCUGCCAUGCUCUCAUUUGAAUGGCGGACUCAGGGGAGACCUCUUAAUUCCUUUAUAGUGGGAUUCAAGACCCUUCACUUCAAAAAGUAUAAAUCAUACUCCCAAAUGAACGAGGGAGAGAGGAGGGGGAUUGACGAGAGGGGCUUCUGAUGUGUCCCGUCGGACGGCACGAGCUGAAUCCGUCUCCCCAAGCUUCUCAAAUCCACUCUCCAGUGAGAUGGCUGCUCCAUCCACACAACCCAGCUCUGCAUACAUGACACCCAUUUCCCUUCUUAACUUUUUCCAAAACACACCCGCAUGCAAACACAACAGCAGAAUAAUAAGUUAACGCUUUGAACGUCAAUGAGAAAUGCUUUAACUGCUCUCAAACUCUAAAACGUCCACUCCUGAUAACACUCGACUAUCUUUUCAUUUCUCUCGAGCGUCCUCACUGUGUGAUCGAUUUCUGCUGCUGAGCUCCCAUAGGUUUGACUUUUCUUUGUUUCCAAACACCCUUGAUAGAAAAGUGUUUUCUCUGUGGGCACAGUGUAAGCAUUAAUCUUGUGUACUGCAGCCAGGUUGAAAUGAUACUGUAUUAAUAAAAGCUGUCAUCUCCUGUUGACGGCCACAAUCAGAGAUUUGAUGCUAAGUGAUAAAGGCUGUAUGAGGUUGCAUGCUGUUUAUCCUGGCGUGAAUGGGUGCGAUGCUUUGUGGGAUUUGGCUGUAAUGCUCGGGGCCGGCGGCCACGUUAAAAUGCAUAACUGCCUCCCACCUGAGCCAGGCAGCAGCAGCUUUUAUCUAUUGACUUAUUUAUUUCUAAAUGACACUUGCGCCGUGAGAUAAAUCAUAGUCUUACGCCACUCCCUUCCCAGUUUUCAUUUUAAUUGUGAGAUCUCGGUGUCAGCAGUUAGUAUAUUGGUGUGAGUGGCCUAUUGAUUAUUGAUUUGGAGCUAUUGAUUAUGUUCCCAGGAGACCCUAAUCCUUUCUGAUUCAUUUGAAUACCUCUAUUAAUCUUGAGAUCCUGCUCACACCUGAAGCGCUGUGUACUCUAAUGAAAAUAGAUGGCCAUUUUGUAUCUGCAGCUCCUCACUCCUCUUUUGAUUUAUUAUUUUUAAUUGAUAUAUUUGCUUUUGGAUGUGGGAGCCAAAAUUACAAUUGACCCUGUGUCAGUGCUGUUUUGCUCUGUACCCUAAGGGACCGCGCUGCAUUUAAAAGUGUCUCAUAUGACCUGAAAAAAUCCAUUCUGGAGACUUUUUCCUCUGUGUCCUUGUGUCUUUGAUAGAAUUUCAUUGUCGCUGGCCGUCUUCAUUACAUAUAAGCAGCUUUUUCAUUGCUCAAUGCCUCUGAGUCAAUAUUUGUUUUUCUCAUCAGAGUUUCUUUAUAUUUAGGGAUAAAAACAACUGGACAACAUCUGUCAUGCUGGUAAAACUGAUGAAGGAACAGAUGUGGAAUAAUAAAAACAGGGUUGUGCAUUUUUAACGUCUCGUCUGAGUUUUACACUGAGCUGAGUAACACGCUUAUAAAAAGCCUUUGGGUUCUGUUUGGAGAUGAAUGGUGGUGUUUUGCCUUGGUUAAUGAGCCAGCUGAUGGUAUUCUCAGGUUUGAUUAGCAUUGUGCUGAGCGUCUCAGCGGGUUCCUGGCGUCCCCGUAGCGGCUCUGCCCCUCAGCUCUCAGCAGCAGGGGAGGGCCCUCGUCUCCCUCCAGGCUGCAGGGGCCCCAGAGCCGCUCAUCCUCAGUGUAAUGAGGGAAGAGAUGGAGGGAUGGACCUCCACACAUUAAGACCAAAUGCAUCAGGGUAUUACUUUUAAUACCACAGGCGUGCCUCGUGAAAUAAUGCGACGUUUAAAUGUGGAUCGAUUUUGGAAUUAAAAAGUUAGUUUGCAAAGAUUUACUGUGGGGAGUUCAAUGCCUGAGCUCUUUAUCAGGGGCGCAAAUGGCUGGUUAUGUGCUGUCCGACAGAGGUACGAUUGAGGGAUCGAUAGACGCGUGAUUUACUAACUGGAGUACAGGUAAUCAAUAAGUAUAAAAGUAAAUGAAAUAUGCAUUACUGGGAUUUUAUUAGAGAGGGGUAGCAGGGAGAGAAUAACGGUCAGGCCAUUUAUUUUUAUAUCUAUUGAUUAUACAACAUAGAGACUUCGCUCAAAGCAUGCCCUGCUCAGCUCUCGACACCCCGUGCCUGCACAGCCGUCAUGUGAUUUAUGGGUGCUGAGGUCACCGAACAUGCUGCCUGUUAAAAGGCUGCCCUGACGGGGCCUUAUUGUAGCUUGUGCCUGCUGAAACUGUGAGCUUUAUGUAGCCCGCAGACCAAGAUGAGCCGGCAUGGUUAACAAGGAGCACUUCUCUGCAGUCUGUCAUGACAGCAAUCUGUCAUAAACUCACCCUAACAGGUUUUGUUUAUUCAGAUUUUUUAAACUCAACACCGUAUUAUUUUUUAAAAAUUCCCUCAGCGAUGCAGUCUAUUUUAUCACAGCUAACAUACAGGACUUUAACUCUUUCCCUGUCAGGAUUGCAGUGGCUUCCUCAUGCACUCCCCCCUUCUCUUUUUUUCAUUCAAUCUGUCCUCCUGUGCACAAACACACACCAGCACAUCAGCUGCCCCACAGCCCCCACCCCCCUCUCGGUGAUGGAACGGACCUUGACCUUAACUUUACAUCUCCGACUUUGCAGCUAUUAAGCCGGUGGGGGGGCUUUUCCUAUUUCAGGGUUUUGACAUAUGACACAGGAGGCAGAGAGCAGGUGUAAUUUGUUUGUGUGAACUCUGCAAUGACUCAGCCACAUGCAUCCCACAUGCAACCCUCCACAUCGCAAAUUCUCCGUUCAAAAAGCAGUGAAGAAAAUUAAUGUAAGGUUAAAUGUGAGCUGCACUGUUUGCAGAUGUGCAGCUCUUGCAUUUAUUGACCUUUUUGUGAAAGUAAUGCAUUUUCAAUGUGUGAAAUAUUGUGAUUUAAGUUUAAUCUCUCUGUCUGUCUUUGUGUCUCCCCAGGCAGACUAACAUCACCCUGGGACUGUUGAGCAGAGGAGAGUCCAGGAGGAGGGAAACAGGCUGUAUCCAUCACCAUAUUAGGUAACACCCUCCACACAGAGGUUACCCAUGAAUCCUGGUCUUAUUGUCUCUCACUUUGUUCCUAUUUUAAGCAAGAUUAAGCAUUAAUGCUACAAAUCCAAAAUAGGGUUUAAGGUUGAAUUUUCUAUUUGCAUGGCUCUGUGGAUUUCAGCGGUAGUCUGUCAGUCCAUAGUUUUGUCUGGACUGGAAAAUCAGCUGCUGGUUUAUAGUUUUAGUAACAUUAUGUACAGACAUUGAUGGUGUCCUGUGGGUGAUGACCGAGACCUGAAAGUGGAAAAAUCAAAAAAUGUAGUACAGACCUACAUGCUGCCAUGUCAACGUUUUACCAUAAAUUUUGUGUGAAACAAUCAUGUCAAACUUUUUAACAUUUGGAUCCAAAGUAUAAUUCCCAUAGAGUAGAGCAAUAUUAGUUUUAGUGGUGGAGUCUGUACAUGGAGCCAAAAAUGAUUAAAAUAUGUUGAUGUGGUGACAUAAACAAAGAAGUGCUGAUAUUAGCAACACGACCUAGCUCACUUCAUGUUAUAAAUGGCGCAGAUACAUUUCCUUUUUUCAAGAAGGCAUGACAGAAAUACUGAAAAAGAGCUUGUCAUAUUUAGAUGAUGAACAUGGCACACUCCCCAACAGCUCGAUGUCCGUGUACAAUCAUCGUCUUUUGACAUGUUUGAUUUCAGAAUUUUACUAAGCCGCCCUACUGAAAUGCAGCCAUAAGAGACCCGGUUAGAAGUGUCUAAUUUUAAAAACAUCAAGUAUUUGUUCACAUAACUGCAGAGAGAAGAGAAGAACUGUAAGAUGAGCUGUUUUUGAUUUGUUUGGACCUUCAUUUACAGCAGUAGAAGAAUGGUGUAAUGUGGUGUUCACCUCACUAAAGGUGGCACAGAGCAGCAGCCGUCGUUUCUGUCCGGACCUGUGGAGCUGCCUUUUUUCAUUAGAGUCAUGGCUUUGGGCCCUAUGUCUUUGCCAGAUUGAAAUCUGAAUUGGUUUGUCCACUCUUCUUCUGUUGUGUGGCCCCUCUCCACGCUCCGGCUUCUGUUUGUCAUUUAAAUAACAAAUGCUGGUGGUUCCCUGAUUUAGUGAGGGGUGCAGGCCUCUGAUGUAUAUUAAUACCGCUGCACAGUGCACUGUAGUGGGCUCCAUCAUUCAUUUGGAUAAAAGAGGUGGAAUUUAAAAACAGCCAAUGCUUUACUUGGAUACGGAUUGCAUCCAUUUAUUGCACUGAGUGAUGGAGCGGCCGGCGACUCUGUCCUUCACCUCCGCAGCGCUCAACCACUUCCCAUAAAAGUAAAAAAGGAUUCACCCCUGGCCCUUAAGGACCCCUCAUAUUCAGCAUACGCAACGAGGGGCAUCCCUCAGUUUUUCAACUGUUACAGACUGAGUCGGUUGUUAAGGGACUAAAAAGCGAAAUUCAUGCAUCAAAAUCUCACAGAAUGGUUUUCUAAUGUAUUCUUUUAAAAAAAAUGAAAAUAAAACAGGCUUAUUAAUGCUUAAAAAAGAAAACCAGAGCUUGUGACUAUAAACUGUUUUAUUGAAGUUUAAACUGUAUUCUCUUAUGCUUUCUUGUUAAAGUUUACUGUAAAAUAUUAUUCCUCAUUGUGUUUAUAAUUCAGUGUAAAAAAAAAAGAAAAUAUUUUUGCAGAAUUCAAAUGAAGGAGAUUUCCUUAUCUGACCCCCCUCCUCCAAAAGCCCUGCAGAGUGUUUCCCUGCUUCUUGAGUCUAGUGCCCCCUGUCCACCAUGAUUUAUCAUGCAUCCCCUGUCGCCCAGUGUCAGUUUCUACAGCUGCAACUGCUCUGUAUAAAUCUUUACAUUGGCAGGCUGCUGCAACAUGUCUCUCCUCAGUAAUCUCACCACCACCAGGAGAUGCACAUUCACUCUGACAAGCUUUCACACUCUCUGUGUACAAAUUCUGGUUUGCUGCCAUUCUGGCAUGAAUGUGAACAGACACAGAAUCAGAUUCAGGGCUUUGUUGGGUGCUGUUGUUUUCUGGUAAACAUCUUGUUUGCAUGGAAAAGACUUCACUUAGUUGAAAGAAAAGCAUGACUCCCUGCGCUGCUCUUAGUGAACAAGGCAGGCGAGUCUUUGUUUGAGUUGGCCAGAGGAAGUGGAUUGUUGUGUGUGUUAGCGGUUGAUUUGAAACUCUGUAAUCAGGAGUGAAAAUAGUCUGCGGCUCGAGGUGUCUCACAGGGCUCCGGUGGGAAUUACUGAGGCGGUACCCAGCUGUUGCUUUGUCUUCUUCCUUUACCCUCUUCGCACUUCGAUGGCAGUGCUGAAGCUUGGUGUGAAAAAAAAAGAACAAAAAAAAACUCAUCAAGAAAGGUUUCUGUUUGGAUUAGAUGACCACUCCAUUUCUCAGCCUUAAAUUGGCUGUUUUCUACUUUUCACACCAGCAUCAAUCCAACAAUCCAACUCAAUCGACCAAGUCCUCCUCACCAGAUUUUGAACCAAAAAUACAAGUUUUAUGUGUCUUGAGUAUUAUUAUUAUUAAAGAUAUCAAUUCUUGUUUUAGUCUGAUUAAAUUGAAGCUUCCGUUUUCACAUUUUGACAUUCUUUAUGGGGCCAUUUUUAGGAACAGCGUAUUUCCCAACUGCAAAAGUUAAAUACUCUACAGUCCCUCAGAUUUUUGGAGGGUUAUUUAUAAGGCAAAGAUGAAUCAGUGAGUGUUAAGAUCCUGAUGGAUUUUAAUAGCCUUGGCUGAUCUCACACACUGACUAAUUAAUUAUUGCAAUCUUACUCCUCCCCUGCUCUCGCUGAUAAUGCCCUUCAUCGUUAUCUCGAUGAAGAAAUGAUGGCAAUAAACCAAAACUUGAACUUCUCCUGCAUGCCGUAUUUCAGUCACAGUUCCAGUUUGGAGUUAAUAGGCAGGGAUGAUUGACCUCGUCAGACUGUUAGUGUGUUAUCUCUGAAUGUCGGACAGACCCCCAUGCUGGUGCCCAUGCAAAGGCCAGCCCCUUGGUCGGCCCGGCCGCCUCUCCUCUCCCCUCUGUCUUCAUGUGUCUCCUUGCCCGAGCAAGACGGCUGCUUGACAGAUCACCUGCGUCGGAGGCCCGCCGUGUUCCUGCCCGGCGGUCCGGCCCCCUCUCAUUAAUGCCCAGGCUGGUGCGAGGGGCCGUAUGGCAGCACAAGACAAAUAACGCUACCACUCAGCCAUCACUUCUGCUGACAGAAAUGCAGCCCACCGCACUAUUUCGCCCUCUCCGGCUCCACUCCACACCCUGCUCGCGUCCUUCAAAGAUCCCCCCUCCCCCACCUCCACCCAUCUUCUCCGUUUCCACCUGCACCUGCCUGCGCUGCUCCACCAAACUUUCGCGGCGGUUUUUGCUGUUUUUCCUGAGGCUGAGCUUAACACCAAGACCCUUACAGUUCGAUGUUUUCAACACCUUUUUGUUUCAUAUUUAAGGAGUAAGAUUUGUUUUCAUCACCUGCGUCUUGACUCACUCGUUUGCAGACCCUCUCAGUAAGGGGGACGAUUAAAUGUCCUAUUCUUUCAAUUGCAUAAAGACUCACUAGUGUGUGUGUGUUUGUGUGUGUGUGUGUGUGAGAGAGAGAGAAAGAGAGAGAGAGAAAGAAGGCGAGCAAGCAGGAGAGAGAAACACAAAGGCUAAUCAUUAAAGAGCUAUUCAGCCCUGUUCAUUUAAGUGUGGGAAUCAGCAGGCCCAUUACUGUCAAUGUGUAAUUAGCUGAUUAAUAAACAGGGGGAAGGGGAGUGCUCCAGGAAGGCCUGUAAUGAUUGUUUUUAGAGAGCAUCACAUGAGAGCUUAUUAAGAUGGUAAGAAGGUUCCAUUCAGCCACCCAUUAUCACCCACAAUAAAUGCAUGUUCUGUAAUUUUCCCAUCCACAGAAAACCUUUGCCAUGUAAAGUCUUUGUUGACCUUGAUGUAAAACCAGGUUCACUGUUCUUGCUAUUUUCUUAUUCAAGCAUUCAAUCAACAGUCCUUAUUUUCAAACUUUACUGAAUUACACACAUAAACUAUCAAAGCUAAGCACAAGUAAGGAGUUCUGGGUAACUUCAUUGUGAUUAUUAUGCCAGAGAAACUAAGUAUGUGUACUUGAGAAUAUUUUGGUUAUAUAUGUAUGAGUAAACUACACAGAGAGAACAUGUUACUUCUCAGAUCAAGAUUUUUCUAAUUAAACUUUUUUUUGUUAUAAAAUUGGUGUAAAUGAAACCAAGAGUCCCAGACAUUUUUGCCGGUUUGGGCUUUUUUCAGGUUUGAAAUGUCUACUUUUUCAACUUAAUUUCUCGUAUGUUUGACGUGAUUAACUUUUUCAAUGUUUCAAAGAGAUUUAUUGCAUAAUAUUUUUAAACAAAGCAGAUUAAUCUGUGAGGAAAAAACUUGACUGAACAUCAGUACCAGGUAAUAUUUGCUCUGUUGACAGAAAUCAACUCAUCAGCAUACCUGUUGGACAAUUUUUUCAUUUCUUUUCAUGAUCAGGCGUGGAUGAAAAGAUCGGUGGUGUCAAAAUGUUACACCCUUUUUAAAAGAUAAGCAACAUGGAGUUUUUGAGGCAAGUUCUGGCGACAUUUUAGAAGAGAAUUUAAAGAAGGAAUUACCCAAAGUCCAUUUAAAAAAUAAACACAAAAAACCUCAAAGAAGUAAUGUGAAAAACAUGAGUGUACGCCCCUGUUUCUAUCUACACUACAUCUCUCAAAACCCAACAGUCUCAUCCUGUUGUCUUUUUAGUCAGAGAGUCUUAAAAGUAGUGACUCAAUAUUAAUUUCAGUCUGUUUUAAAAACAUCUAAGUUUCCUCACAGGAGCUAUAAGCAUCGAUGAAUCAGGAUAUGAAAUCUUUUACAUGUAAUAUUUUCAUUAAGCUCAUUUUCACAAGAGAAAAAAUAUACUUUUCACACUUGGAGUGCAGUACAUUUUCUUGUAGUGUAGUAUAGUUGAAUACUGUGUGUACGCUGCAUACUUUGUUAAACAUACAUAAUCUAAACAUGGUAAACUCAAAUAAAAGCUCAACAACCAGCAGAAAUAAUGUCACUUUAGUUAUAAAUCAAAUGCUCUAAAACGUUGUGGAUGUAGUGUAAAAAAGUGUCUCAGCAGCUUCCGCUGAUGGUGACCUUGACCUGCAGCAGAUACUCGUAUCUGCCCUGUAAAUGUUAACACACCCACAAACUCAAUGUUCCCAGUCAAUUCUUUGUUUCUGUCAAAUGCGGAAAAAGAAAAAAAAAACAACUGAAUUUUGAUCUAAGCCUUCAACUGUGUUUAACCCGAGUGUUUGGGUUGAACCUCAGCAACAGUUAGUCAUCGUUCCCUCAAGAAAUAUUAAUCAAUUAUCUUGCCCGCCGGAUCAGUUUGGGGAAGAAGUCAUCUGGAAAGAGGCACAAGCAGAUAUAAUGGGAGGGAGCAAAAGCACAUGCCAGUGAAUGCUGUAAUGCCUAAUCCUUUGAGACAGCCCAGAGCCACAAUGUCACUUCUAGUUCCCUCGUCCUCUGCUCCAGGACUGCCUCCCCAAUGUCUUGUGUGACCGCCGCUAACUUUUUUCUGAGGGUUGAGAUCAGGCGAGAUUUAUUUAUCAAGCAUGUUAGGCAAUGCAAUUGUUUUAGAGUUCCUCUGUCCGCUGCAAAAAUUGGCCCCUGCUCUCUUUCGGAUAUUUCCCUUCAGUCUUUGAAACAAAAAGCUUUAUAAAGGUGAGAGAGAUUCGAGAGAAUGUUCAAAAAAAGGGAGGCAGUCAGUGAGAUGUGAACUUACGAUGAAUGGAGUUUAAAACGUACAGCUCCUUACACACCAUAAGUGGUGUGGGGGGAAGUUAUGCCAUAGGAGCAGCACAGAUUGGCCUUUUAAUAACCAUGUCCACAAGUCAUAUGGGGCCAAAUUGGAUUUGGCUCACUUGACCAAAACCUCAUUAAUAUUUAACCUAUUAGACGAGGAAUGCUUCAAAGUUUUAUUUUACUACACCUCAAAGAGAGAGGGAUCCAUGAGUGGUGAACUGAAGCCGCCCAUUGAAACACUCAGAAAAUAAGAUCUAUGUGUGUAUUUUAAAAUGUUAGUAUUCAGUGCUGAAUUUAAUGUUUUGUUUUAUUUUUCUUUUUGCAGCAAGCAACUCAUUUCAUAAGGAUCACCAGAGAAGAGGCACAGGAAGCCAGCAACACCUCCACCCAGGAGGCUGUGGGACCAAAAGUGACAUUUUCACAGUCCUCUUCCUCUGCCCAUACUGAGAGCUUCCUUCAAAAGGGGACCAUAAAUGUGCCUGGACAAGUACACCCAAGUCUGGAAGGACCUACUGGAAAAAAAAAGACUAAACCUCCUCUUGCUGCACAAUCUCUGAGACAAAGAAAAACUACAAUAAUCACCCCUCAAAUCAGCAUGUUCCUGCUGGAUGCAGUCUUUCCAGGUAGUAUAUUAAGCAUGACAAAUGUUAAUGCAAUCAAGCCUUGUUAACCUUCUGCCAUCUCCUUGAGGAAGAGAGCAGCUUGAAGAGGCUCCUCAUUCGACUCAAGACUUGACGGCUCCUCCUGUUUCCACACGCACGGUCUCUGGGCCACCUGCUACCACACAAUCCAGCAAUUAUGUCCACUCUGGUCGCGCGGUGUUUGUCAGUGGGAACACUGGGAAGGUAGUCAGGUAAAGGUUUGUGCGUUUCUGCCCUACGUUAAGCAGCACGUAGCUAGCUUUAAGACAUAUUCCAGCAUCAGAAUGUUUAGCUACCACAUGCUGCUACAGAGUUCAGAGAGACGACCACCAGGAGAGAGCCACACAAAGUACAGGCCUCCUAUUAGCAUGGAUUUAAAAAGCUACAGUUUGUACAAAGGUGCUCAUUAGCACAACACAGAGGGAGUGUGGUCGCGGUCCUCGGAGGCCUGCCUCUGUUCUCCUCAGCUUACCUUCCAUAUUCAAAUUUCCUCAAAUGUAUUUAAGUUCAAGGCCUGCUGCAAAUCCUUUUAAAGAGGCCGUUUUUCAGCCGUGUGGAUUAGUCGCUUUUAGGGCUGUGCAGAGAGGCAGGGAAAAGAAGUCGGAGGAACUGCUGCAGACAGCAGAGUCGUACACAGUUUUUUCACCUACCCUUGGGGUAUACAUUUCCCUGACUCCUGCACCAUCAGAUGCAUUAAAAGAUCAAUGGAAGCAUACAGUGAGAUCAAACACAACAGUUUUCCAGGCUGGUAAACAAGCUGUAUUUUCAGAAAAAUGCAUUUUUUAUGGGAGGACAGUGGAGUAGGUUUUGUUUGACCUGAACCAUAUAGGUGAUGAAUGUUGAAGUCUUUAAAAACAAAAGUGUACUCCUGCACAUAAUCAAAUCACCCCAGCUGGCAAGUAUCCUGAAAAAAAAAGUAUUUUACAAGGACAGCAAAGUGAGUUUUGUUUCUGUUAAAACUAAAAAGCCCAUUUCUGAAAUCUUCCCAGCGCCAAACACACAGGUGUGCACUUUCUGUAAUAAAGCAUAAGAAACCUUUUUCAGUGAAAGCAACCUGACUGUCCUCAGCCGCGCACUGCAUGUCUUUUUAGACACUUUAAAGCCUUGUUUAAGAGAAGAAUCGCAUUCAGUAGAAUGAGAUUUGCCAAUUAACGUGAGUUAUAUGUCUGCAAUAAUCUGUCUGGGAAGACUUUAUGUGAUCAUGUUGGCCAGGGAUGACAUUUAUAAAUGCUGUGUGUGCACACUCAUCUAAAUGGAUGCUUCAGACAAGACAUCCUGCCACAGGGAUCAGUCAGAGUGUUGAGGCAGGGAGCAACCCCCAUCCCCUCCCUCUCAGAUACUCCUCACGUGUCCACUGGACGUCCAAUACCUGGGCCAGAAAACACAGCUGAUUGAUAGGAAUCACAUCAAAUGAGCUUGGUAAUUAAAAAAGAAGCUUUUGAUGAAUAUAUUGGUGACUUUUUUUGAAACAUAUGUUCCUUGAAGCUGACAGAUAUUGGCUGUGCUGUGUUUUAAGGACUGCUUCUUGCUCUUGCCUUAUCCCUCAGCCCGCAUUCUGGUGCCAAGGCAUUGACAGGGAAGGAAGACACAUCAUUUCAGAUACAGUUCCAUUAGCAGCUCCAGUAGGGAAACACCUCACCUGCCUCGGCAGCAAUUAGCAGCCACUGUAACGACAUCUCAGACAGACUGUUUGCCCCGAGAAUGAAUUUCCAAUGGCCAGGAAGUGGGGGAAACGGCUUCCGCACAGCCAGUCAAUUGCCCUGUUACAGUUAAGGAAUCCAGCGGCUUGGUACCACUCAUAUUUCAUCCCAGGUAAAGAUUACCUGUCAGGCCCAUGGGAGAUGUAUUGAUCUGUUUUCCUUUUUCCGCCAGCAAUCACCUGACAAAGGCACCUAGGAGGUGAGUGAAUGAGUGAUGCCUGGUCCGUCUGCUCGGGCGUAGUGGCUGCUAGUGUCCACUGAUGGGUGGAGAAGUGAUGAGGAAGAGGAGAGAUAAUGCAGUCAUAAACUCUGUUUGAACCUCCUCUGUAUGCAUGCAGGGCAGCCCCCUCGGUCCCCCUGAGGUCACAGGUCAGUGGGGAAUUUGCUUUUGCUUUUUUUUUUGGCUCCUUUCUUGUGGGUGGUGUUUGUUCUUGCUGUGUCGACCGGCGUGAUGAUAGAAACACAUGCAAAAGAGGCUCUCUGGUUCCUGCUGACAAACGCAUGUUGCGAGUCACCGUAGUUCAACUCACUCUGGGUUUCAAAGGGUUUCCAGUUUGAUCCGUGAACCCUCCUUACAGAGAAACCCAACCUUGUGUGGUCAGGGUUUCUUAUGACUGCUGCACCAGCUUGGAUCAAAAAUAUUUUACAUCAUGUCAUGUUUUUGGCAGCUCAAAGUAUUUCUAUAUUUGCUUAAAUUUGCUGAAUGUCAGAGUUGAUAUUACCCAUAAAGCCAUGCUUUCAAAGUGAUUGCUCUGUUUAAAAUGUGUCGUAUUUAUGACGUGAUGCUUAAUUACAGGUCCAUUAUUCCAGGAUUUAAGGCUGAGGACAUUACAUACAUAAAUCCAAUUUGAUCAUAGAUAGUUGAUAUGUCUCCAAUUUUUUACCGCUGUAUUUUUUAAUUUCAUUUACAAGGAUUUAAGUAUAUCUUCCUGUUAUCAGGGCACUUAGGCAGCUAGCCACAUUUGAUACGUCGUACAAAUAGCAUCUUAUCACACAGGCUGUUAUCUUUAUAUUUAAUAGCAGUGGAAGCAUGCCUAAUUGCUUUGCAAAUGAUGUAAAGAGGAUUACUCCUCCUUCAGAAAGCCUGCAGUGUCACCAGAUGUUAAAGAGACAUUACUAUGAUAAAAUUGUUUCAGAACUGCUAUGUAGUGUUUGUGCAGUUAUUCAAAUAAAUGUCAGCUUAAUGUGGAUCCUUCACUAUGAUGAACUCUGAACAUAAUCAGGGGUUAGCAUGGAUACAGAAUGUUUCAAGUUUGUAAGGUGUUAAUCAUUUAUGCUUUUAAAAUGACAGGAUUUUAAAAAUAUGAAGUACUGUCUUCCUUUAAUGUUAAAGGUGAUGUCAAUAUUAUCGCAAUGUAUUGUAUAUUUAUUGAAAAACUGUAUUCCCUAUUUAUUUCAAGUGCUGAUUUUUUGUGCAAUAAAUGAUCAUUGUGUGGAAUA